CGGUCGAAUGGGUCCGAUGCAUCAACAGUUCGUGCUAGAUUCUAUGUUGGGAGACCUGACACCUUUUUUCUAACCUUUUUUUAAGUAGCCUGAAUGUCUCGUUUGUCAACAGCAACAACUAAUUAAUAGUCGACGAGAGGCGCCCAGAGAUUUCGGUGCAUAUAUAUCGUAUAUAUUCUGUCGUCAUUCAAAUGAUAUGCUAAAAAAUUCAGCAUGAAAUUAAGAUAUGCGUGGAAUGUGUCUGCCGGUAUGAUCACUCGGGAGCUAGACGCUUCUGAAAAUCGUGCCAGACCGGGAACGCGAUAGAGACUUCUAUGUCCGCCCAACUAUGAUGUGAACCUCUUUACUCUGCCAGACAGCUAUAACCUUCCUUUUCCUCUUGAUCACCGCACGAAAGCUCUCCUUUUUUCUAUCGGGAUCCACGCGGAAUAGCUGAAAGCUAUCUGUAUCGCGCAAAUCUAAAUUUGUAUUCCCUUUGGUGAGAUCCACUUCUAUUUUCGUGCUUGAAUGCAAGCGGCCUUGACUUUGUGCCCUUCUUGACACUUGAAUUCCUUGUUCUUGUACUCCGCGAAGAAUCGAAUUGGCUCGCGAAAUUCUGAUUCGUCAUAGAUGGCACUUUUCCUGUAAGAUUGUACAAAGAGAAUUGUAUCGACGACGUUUCUCUGAUAUUCCGUAAUGUUAGAUUAGCCGAAGUGAAUUAAUAAUUAUAAACGAUUACAAUUCAUUUUGUUGAUAAGUCUGGAAGAGGUUAUUCAAUUUUUCUAAAUCUCUUUGUCUAGUAGCCGUCUUAUAAAUAUGUAAUUAAUCAGAAUUCCUUGGAGAAACUGGUCACGAAAAAAUACGAGAAUAAACGUGAAGCGAAUGUAAUUUUUUAAUAAAUGUACAAUCACGGGGAAUGGAAUGUGAAGUAUGAUGUUAUAUAAUACAAUAAAACGUUGGAUAUGUUUGCCAAUUAAUAUAAGAAAACAAAAAUGAAUGGAAUUUAACGGAUUUAGUAAUAAGUAUUACUUUUCAGUUAGCUUUUAAAGCUAACAAUUGUCUUUUCCAUAUAAAUGCUCCUUUAAAGCUAACAGUUGACUUUUUCAUUUGAACGCCCUUUUAGGACUGACAAUUACUUUUGCAAUGAAUAAUGUUAAAAUCGGAAUUGAUCGCGGAAGUGGCAGGGCGAGAACUAUAAACCUGACCGAAACGAUGAUCGGUAGCCACUUGACGAGCGACUUAUUCAUCGAAUCCGCGGGGAAAAUCGCCUCUUCGCCGGCUGGUCCUUUUGCAAACGCGUAUUAAUAGUAAGCGAUCUCGGCAGGUCGAUAAUCGUAAAAAUAAACGGUAUCAUACUUUAUACCGGGACUUGCGUAAGUAUAGAUCCUUUCGAGUGGUUUCAUUCUUUCCGGUCUGUUUUCGUUACAAUAAAGUAACCCAGUUCCGAGAACGUUAAUAAAGAAACAAAAAAUAGAUCGCGCAACUAUCCGCUAGAGCUUUAACGAAAACUUUGGUGAGCUUGUUUGCCCUGUCAAAGUGUGAAUUAGUGAAUUCAGUGACGCCAUUGUGAACCGCAGUUACAUAAACGAAGCUUGCAUCAUAUAAUAUUCCGAAGAAGACGCGAGUGCCCCGAAAUUCGGGAAAUGGACGACUGGAGGCGGCAAAGAGCGACGAAGAAAAAAGUGUGAGUGAAAUGUGGAAUGGUGAUUUCGAUGACAGUGGAAGGAACUGAAAUAGAACUGGAGAGAUCGUGGUGCAGUGGAAAAAACGAUUACACAGGUUCGAAAGAGACGAUGAAGAAUAUUUCGCGAACUGGUCACGAAGUUCAUCACGAGGAAGACAACUGAAGAUGACCCCUUUACUUUGAACCAGGAUGCCAACGUUCUCCAAAAUGGAUCGAGCAAUCAUGUUCGUUCUAUUGAUAACUUUAACGAGUUUCUCGGGCUAUUGCAGCGGGCACUUGAUCGAUGGGAUUUUCACGGAACCGACCUUGGAGCUGGGUUACAAUCUAGUGGCCACAGUUCCAAGAGGUGCUCUGGCUCUGAACGUGACACAAUUGCGACAGACGGAGAAUUAUUUAGCGAUCAAAUUGCAAAAUGGUACCUUUUUAUUAAAUGGAAAUUACAACAUCAAUUUGUCCGGCAAAUACCAGGCGGCUGGAACAACUUUUGUUUAUCUCCGUCAAGGACCGCAACAUUUGGAAAGUUUCUCCGCUACUGGUCCGUUGCAAGAACCAAUCGAUGUUAUGGUUCUGUAUCAAGAGCCAAAUCCGGGUAUUGUUUAUCGAUAUAUCAUUCCUGGAAAUCCGAACGUCCCUACGAACACUCACUUUGGACAUAAAAUAGUUUCGAGUAAAGCUGCAGAACCUGUUCCACCGACUACUCCACAAAGAAGAGUAGAAAGUAGUUCUUCAAUCAACGAUGGAGCAUUGACGCCAUACCUAUCAAAGCGAUUCAAGAAAAGGAAAUUCGUUUGGAAAGCAAACGGUUACACCGAAUGCAGUCGAACUUGUGGCGGAGGUUUUCAAAUGCUAAAGUAUAUGUGUAUACGGGAACACACGCAAACACAAGUGCCUGAAAAAAGAUGUCACGCGAUAGAAAAGCCGCGCGAAGUACAAUUACGGUGCAGCACUACACCCUGCCCACCUAAAUGGAGAACUGGUCCUUGGAGCGACUGUUCAGUGACUUGUGGCACGGGGACUCGUGUGCGGGAAUUAGAAUGCGUGCAAGAAAUAAAACCGUCGCUGAUAAUGAGAAUAUCCGAUGGUGCCUGUAUGGAGCCGAAAAUUCUUCCUACGACUGAAACUUGUGAAAUGCCAACGUGUGAAUACGACGCUAAAAUAACGCCAACGACAAUACCGCCUCCGCAGUGGAACGUGGGCACAUGGUCUUCGUGCUCCACAUCUUGCGGACCAGGUAAAAGGACCAGAGCGGUAACUUGCGUCACACAAGGCCCUCCUUGCAAUCACGAGACGAAGCCUAUUACUCAAGAAGCUUGCGACUAUGGACCUUGUACAACUAAACUGCCAUCGUUGAACGUUGUCUCUACAAGACUUCAGAGUCCACAGUGGUUGUACACUGAAUGGUCCGAAGGGUGUUCCUCCGAAUGCGGAACUGGCGUGCAAACAAGAAAAGUUUUCUGCGAUAGCAGUCCAGGGGAGGAAAUCUGCGAUGAUUCAACUCGACCCGAAACUACAAGGACCUGCUCCAGUAACAAGACCUGUAGCGGACAAUGGUUCACAGGACCUUGGUCAGAGUGCUCCACCGAAUGUGAUUCAGGUGAACAAGUCAGAGAAGCAGUCUGCGUCACCACUCUUCGAGGAUCUCUUCGACUGGUGCUGGACAUGAACUGUCCAGCGAAUAAACCGGAAACGAGAAGACCUUGCAAUGGUCCACCAUGCGCGUCUACGUGGUUCAUAUCGGAUUGGACAGAAUGCUCUCGAUCAUGCGGAAAAGGUAUUCAAAAGAGAGAAGUAAGGUGCUUGAACAGAGACGGUCAACCUCCUGAACUUCACGAGCUCCACUGCAAGGAAAAGGACAAACCUAUAUCCAGACGAACCUGCAAUGACUAUCCUUGCAAAGACGACUUGCACAUAUCCGAGAACCAUCAUAGAGUUUUACAAGUUCAGGAUGAUCCAGAAAUCUCAAACGUUCUGGACGAAAAUCCUCAUUGCAAGGACACUGUAUCGAACUGCAAUUUAGUGUCACAAGCUCGACUCUGCAAAUACCAGUUCUACCAACAGCUUUGCUGCCUUUCGUGUUCUAGAGCGAAACAAGACCUGGAGUAAAUUCUAACCGAUCGAGCAUGUUUUCAGUGUAAAUGUAACGUUUCGGUAAUUAGCUACACUCGCGACUGAAUUACGGUAAGUGUUAUAUGUGUAGAUGUACUUACCUUCACACUGCCUAAUCAAAUUUUUGGAUGUCGAUGUUUGUACAGGGCGUUUCAGAAUUAUAAAUGCAAUUUAACUAAUUAAUUAGACGCAUAACAUAGUAUUAUUUCUGUAACAAAAUUAUAUCAUUUUUAUAUUUGAUUAGACAAAUUUUAUUUUAGACAUAUAACAAAGUUAUUUUAUAUUUAACUACAUAUGUUCAUCUGUGUAUUUAAAAUUCUGAGUUUAAAUAAUUCGUAACAGUGUAAAUUUAUUUUUUAAUUUUACACGAUAUCUCUUAUUUAUUAAUUUUUAUCUAUAAUUCUAAAACACUCUGCAAAAUUGUAUGUUUUACAUUAAGUUUACACAUUAACAUCCCGAUGCGUCCUGUUUUACGAAUCUAAUCGACCUGCGCUUUCGUAAUUAGUAGUAAAUUAUAACAUUUAUAACGUUUUGUACUUUUUAGAAAACAAAUUAUUUAUCAAGUCACGAUAAUAGUAGAUAUUCUAGAACGUACUAACUGUUUAAGUUAUCAAGGACCGAAUCGCGUAGAAAAAUUGCGUCUUCGGUGUCAUUAAAUUUCAAGAAAUGAUUUGAACGAAAUCAUCGACGAAAAAAUGUAUACUACAGUUUUAUGGAUUGUGUAAAUCGUAAUAAGGCAUUAUUGGUAUUUCAUUUGUAUUAUUUUCCGUUACCUUUACCCGUUAUAAUAAAUGUUACUUUAUGCUUU